CUGUAGGUGGCAGUAAUGCAAUUUAAGGGAUUCCAGCUGCUUUUAUAAAUCCUCGCAGAAGAAGUCAUUCGUUCUUUCAAGAUGGCCGAACAACAAGCUGAAACAGCGAUUCACCCAACUGUUUACAAGGGGGAUGCCCUUAUAACACCCCUUUGUGAAGGCGCUAAUAAAUACAAGUGCAAAUUCUGCAGCAAGGUGGGGGACUAUGGCCAUAUUGCGGCACAUCUGCAGACCCAUAGGAGAACGGCUGUUAAACAUGGAGGAUUCACAAUGUACAGGUGCAAUGGGGUGUGUUGCAAAUCGCCACAUUUCCACUGCUGCUACUGUGGGGAGUUCAGAACCCAGCCCACUAUUAGGAAUCAUGUUCAGAAGUGCGCAGUGGCAGCCUGCAGCGUUGGAUCGCUUCGCCAGACCGCCACUGUCUCCUCAUCAGCCUCCACGGUGGCCUCCUCAGCCUACCCUGUCACCUCUGCAGCCUCCCAAAUUGCCACAGCAUCUGUAGCCUCCACUCCACUCCAAGCCAUCAGUCGCAGCAAAGUAGUCCAGUCAAGGGCCAAAAGGACAACAUGCCCUUUGUGUAAAACUGAAUUAUAUAUGAAAAACCUCAAGACCCACGUGGAUCGACGUCACUCAUCAUCUGUUCCUGAUAUUACUUCUAAUCGCCAUCUUCCAUCCCAAUGCUUAGACCUCAAAAAGGGCAUUUUUGCUGUUGGAAGAACAUUUUCUGGGCUGAGAAACCCCAUUCAUGUACAGAAGUUCACCUGGGGAAACAGCCACCAAGUUGUUUGUGAGCUUGAAAAUUGCAAGCAGGCAUCAGACUUUUCCAGAAGAAGUAACUUAUUAGGGUUUGAGUGUAUUCAUGUUAGGUCUCUGAUAUACUGUCCUACUUCAUCCAAACCAGACGUCACACUGAAGGAGGAAGUUCUGUCAGAUAUGGUUGAGAAGAAAUGGAUUUCUGACAACACAAAAAGAAUGUGUCUAGUCAGAAAGGAGAAAGCUGAGUCUGGAAACAGCCCACUGAGUAAAGUGGUGACAUUUUGCAGUGGCGCAUCAAGAGUUUAUGUGUCAGUGCUUGAAACAUACACCUCAUAUUAUUCGCGGUUAGGGAGAGUGUCUGUAUGUUAUGACAUAAAAAGAAAUGCUUGGCAGUGUCCAUGCUCAAAGCCAAAUAAUUCCUGUGCUCAUAAGUCCAUAGCAAAAUGGCACUUGAAUCAGACCCGACCUGAACUCUUCCUAAAGGUCCGAAGUACAGACAAUGAUGUGUUUGAGACCUUUGUUGAAUCUGAUCCUGAAGGCCACAGUACUGAGGACAUUCUCUAUCCACCUGAGAGAGCCGCUUUGACAUCACUUGUUCUUUACUGGUUGGACCAUAAGAAAUUGCCAGCUGUUCCGUCAACGGAUGCAUGUUCACCGCAGAACUACUGAGGACAUUCUCUAUCCACCUGAGGGAGCCGCUUUGACAUCACUUGUUCUUUACUUUUUGGACCACAAGAAAUUGCCAGCUGUUCUGUCAACGGAUGCAUGUUCACCGCAGAACAUGGAGGCACUGCCAAAGCGCCUCAUACCUCUUGAGAACUUUUGCACUGUUUGCCCAGGAAAAAUUCCUCUGUCGGAUCCUAUGCCGAUAACUCAUAACGCCAACAUAGUGACAUUCACUGGCAUAGUAAAGGGUAUGUUUAGUUUAUGAAUAUAUUAGUGAUACUUCCGCUGGCCAUCCAUAUGCUACAGUAAAGGUUAUUUUGUUAAGUAUAGCAGUCAUUCACUAUUCAUUUAUAUGCUGUAUAUUGUCUUUUUUACACACACACGCACUAUCGUAUACACACAGAUAUAUAGACAUCUGUAAAUCCCAUCACUAAUACUUUCUUGUAUUUUCUCAGAUGUGUCCACGUACUGUAAAAUGUGUGGGCUUUGUGGACAUUUCUACCGAUAUCAAGAAUGGACAAAUGUUUGUUUAAUAAAGACUUUCCUCUUUGUA